AUGCGUGAUACGUCCUUACCAAUAUCUCUCCUGGACACCUGGGAGGCCUUCGUGUACCGGCAGCAGGAGGCCUCGGACUUCAUUGUCUCACGGCGCCUCAGCAUCAUUGCUGAGCUGGUCGACUCACUGCAGAGAGCCAGACAGGAGCUGCAGGAGUUGCUGACCAUGGCCACCACAGGGCAGUUCCUGGACCCCUCCCAGAGCCCACGUGCCAUGGAGCAAGAGCUGCAAGAGCUGCACUGCCGCUUCCAGGCCAUGGCCACCCGUGUGGCUGAGCUGUGCCGCUCCCAGAGGAUCCUCACAGGGGAGCAGACAGACAUCUCCUUCUUGGCCAGGAGCCGGGGGCUCAUUGAGGCCCAUAAGCAUGUCUGGAAGCUGCUCCGCACCAUCUCCGAGCAGAUCACUGAAUGGAGGUGCCUCGCCUUCAGCAAGUUCAACGCCCCACUGGCCACGGAGAAGAUGGCUGAGUGGCAGAGGGAAGUAUCCCACAUGGAAGAGUCCCUGCCUGCCGAUCACCCCAUCCUGCAGGCCUGUGUGCACAUGAUCACUAGUUUCCAGCAGUUUCUGCCCCUGCUUCAGAAGCUGGCCAGCUCGCUCAUGAAGAAUAGCUGCUGGAGGGAGUUCUUCAUGGCAAUGGGAGUGAAGUGCCCUGGCAACCUGCAGUUCACGCUGGGCCAGCUGCUGUCCUACCCAUUACUGGAGCACAGCGACACUAUCCUCAAGAUCUGGUCAAGUGAGCGAGGCCGUUGCCACUCCCUGGACAUCCUGCGCCAGCUGCAGAAGGCCUGGGCUGAGAGGCAGUUCCGCUUGGUCAACUUCAUCCUGAACGUGCCCUACCAGGCCCCACUGCCUGACCGUGCCCGCCACCCACCCAGCAGGCGCUACCGUCCACCCAAGCAGGAGUACGUUUCCAAGGACAGCGGCACCUUCGUGCUGGCUGACACAGCAGAACUCAAAGCCCUGAUGGAGAAAAGCCUGCUAACCUUGAAGAACAUCAUCCUCUCACCCCACGCCAUGGAGCUCCGGGAGGAGGCAGAGAGCUGGAUCAGUACCUUGCGUGGCUUUGGUGAGGGCCUGGGGGUGUGAAGGGGAAAUGUUUGGCCAGAAGCUGGGAGUGGGUGACAGGGGAUGGAUCACUUGAUGAUGACCUGUUCUGUUCAUUCCCUUUGGGGCACCUGGCACUGGUUGGGCAGGAGGGGGUGACAGGUUGAUUUCCGCCCAGGUGUUCCCUUUUCUUACAGCUGCUUUGCUUGGUGUUGGCUUCUCCUUUCACGGUCUGCCUGCACCACAAUGUGAGCCCAGGCUCUGCGGGAACUGGUGUUUGCAGGCCUGGGCUUGAACAUCCACACUGAAUACUGAUCCUAGGGUUCGGAUUUCUGGACCAGGAACUCGUACCCAUGCUCACGUGUCCACACUGCACGACGCAGAGCCCAGUCCAACCAGCUUCUCCCAGGCUUCCUCGUGCCCUCCCCAGCUGUAGCCUCUGUAGCCUUGUUUGAGGUGCACUGUGGGAAAACGUGACUGUCCAUCCCAUGGCACUUGACAGGAAGUUCUUGCAGCCCACCAACGCUUCCAGCCAAGCUGUCUUGUGGGUCUGCACCAGGAGUGCUGGAGCCUGUGUAGAAGUGGGGGUGUGGGGGGUUGGCGCCAGAGCUGUGGCUACCCUGCUCCUCCUCUUCCCCCCGAGGCCCCACCCCGAGGGCCCACCCCCGGCCAGGCUGGAAGCUGAAGUCAGGCCAUAGUAAGAGUUGCCCAGGGAGCCCAGGCCACUGUGGGGAUCCCUGGACCCUCCACCUGCCCUGGCCAGGGGCCUGAAAGCAAGCCCCCAGCCACGUCCCCACUCCCUUUGAGAGAAUGGACUUUCCAAACUGCGCCAGACCAUUGAUGGGAUCCACAUGCCCACAGCUUGCCCUCCUCAAAGGGCGCUACUCCAUUGUUAUGCAGGCCCUUUUGGGCCACAGAAGCCAAUUUGUGAACACCAGUGUGGCCUGCAAUGAAAAAGUUCAUGAUGCCAGGGCUUUCCUCUGAUCAGGGGUCUACAUUCAUGGACACUAUUCCCUUCAAAUGAUACCAAAGGACAUAAUGGGAGUUACUAUCCCUACUGUUAUUCUAGGGGACCCUGCAUACCCCCUUUUGUCUUGGCUUAUGAAGCCAUCUCCUGUUCUCCAAGGGCUUGGUGUGGGUGUAGAGGGGUGGUUGAAUGUGCGAUUGGCAGAUUGAAAUCUCACUGGCACUGUUUAUAGAACUGUUUUGAUCCCAGUGUUAUUAAUGCUGUCUGCAUCACUGUGUCUUGCUGUGCCCGUCACAAUCUUUGUGAAUCCAAAGGUGGGCCGUUUGCCCUGGGUGGCUAAACUGGUACACUCAGCCAGCAAGUGCACAUGGGCAACGGACACCAGGGAUGCUUUGUGUGCUCACACGAUGGACUUGCACGGACCAGCAGAGGAGGGAGAAUAAGAUAUUUGUAGAGCAAUUUUUAUAGUAAAUGAAGUUUUUCAAGCAAUUGCCGUGUCCAUCCCACUUCAGCUGUGUGCACACCCAAUGCACCAGCGUCAGAGAUUUCCCUAAGUGAUACCUGUCGGGGCAGCAUAUGCUCAUGCUGCUGCUUGUGGUCUAAAGGUCAGAGCCAUAGCCACCCCCCCUCAGUUCCUUCUUACGAUCUGUGAUGGCUGUCAGAGCAUGCUACCGCAAGUCUUUUCCUCUUUCUUAGUGUUUUUUAGUUUACGUAGUUGGUAUUUGUUAGCAGUCUUAGUGUAGUGUUUUAGCAGUAGGGUUCCCUUUUCUUUUACUAGUGUACUUCCUUUAUGCUUCAUUUCCUGUCAGUUCUGGGCACCGAUGCCCAGUGCUGGGGCAUGCCUUGGUUCAUGGGCUUCAAACCUUGCAAUGGAUGCCAAUACCAGUCAGUGACCCGCACUCCAGGUGCUUGAAGUGCCUAGGAGAAGCUCACAUCAGUGACGAUUGCCAGAUUUGCAGGGACUUUAAGCCCGGAACCUAAAAGGACCAGGAGGUCAGAUUUGAGGACUUCAGUAACUCAGCUAGAGGUUAUGGGUCUACUGCAGAAAUGGACGGGCAAGGUUAUCUGGCCUGUGAUGUGCAGAAGGUCAGACUUGAUAUCACGAUAGUCAGACUAUCACGAUAGUCCCUUCUGGCCUUAGUGGUCUGUGAGUCAGGUUAAAGCUCCUCCUUAUGGACGCAGCCCUGCUCCCAGCCUUGCAACCUUCCCGCUCAGGGUAGUCACCAACCACCGCCACUUGCGUUAGGAACGCUCCUCCUGUUGAGGCAGAGUUUCAGCGCUGAUCUCUGAUACCCAAGAAGAAACACUGGAAGAUGGCAUUGAGGGACCCAUGAUCCAGAAGCUCGAGAUCCCAGGUACCACUGUCCAGCAAUCAACGUGGGAAGCAGGAUACAGUGCGCUUUGAGCCAAGGCCCUGCCUGGUGCACGUGGAGCCUCUGGCAGGGUUUUCGACUGGUACCAGUACCAUUGAAUGCCAGCCUGUUCCUCUGUGCCGUCCUCUCUGGCUCAGCAGCAGCGAGAGACUCUCCCGGUGCUGUUGUGUAGUCAUAAAAUGUUAUGUUUGUAUUUUGUACCAUUUAAAAUAAAGGCCUAAUGUGCCAUUAAUAAAAAUGCAUCAGCCAGAAUUUCUUUGUGUCUGGCCUGAUUUCAAGGUCACCACUUCAUUACAGGCUUAGCAUUUUAAAAUAA